GCUCCUUUUUGUUUGAUCGUCGGGAACGAGAGGACUCCAGGAAAUCGAGGAUGCGGCUCGCACUGGUAUUGCUGGGAUCCCUUUUCGUCGUCUCUACCAUUGGAGAUCCGAUAAGAACGAAGAAAGAGGCACCGCUUAGUCCACAGUACGGGCCACCUGCCACUUCUUACGGAGUACCGAACGGAGGUCCUUCCGAUUCGUACGGAGCACCACCACCACCACCACCCUCGUCGUCUUAUGGUGCUCCAUCGUCUUCUUACGGUGCUCCGUCGUCUUCUUAUGGUGCUCCUUCGUCGUCCUAUGGAGCGCCUUCCGGAAGUGGCGGUGAUCACGGAUCCUUCGGUGGAGAUUCUUACAAUGGAGGAGGCGGUCAUGGCUCCUUUGGCGGAGGAUCUUUCGAUAGUGGUUUCGGAGGUGAUCAUGGCUCGUUAGGCGAUGACCACGGAUCGUCGUACAACGGUGGUGGCGGUGGAGGCUAUGGGGGUGGCGAUUUUCAUCACGGAAGUGGUGGCGGUGGCGGCGGUGGGGGUGGCGAUUUUCAUCACGGAGGUGGUGGUGGUGGCUUUGGGGGUGGCGGCGGUUAUGGAGGUGGCGAUUCUCACCAUAGCGGCGGCGGCGGCGACGGAGGCUUUGGGGGUGGCGAUUUUCACCACGGUGGUGGCGGUGGCGGCGGCGGUGGUGGCGGCGGCUAUGGGGGUGGCGAUUCUCAUCACGGAGGCGGUGGAAAUGGAGGUUUCGAUUCGUUUGGUGGAGGACAUCACGGAGGAGGAGGCGGAGGAUCCGCGCUUGGUCCUAUUUAUGGUCCUCCAGCACCUUCCUACGGUCCCCCGGCACCUUCCUACGGUCCCCCAGCACCUUCCUAUGGUCCCCCUGCACCGUCUUAUGGUCCACCUGCGCAUGAUCAACCUAAAGGAGUUUGGAAAAAAAAGCUCACUUGGAAAGCCGAAUGGAAGCAGAUUUGGAAAACAGAAUCGAAAUUGACGUGGAAGCAAGAAUGGAAAAAGGUUCAGGUACCAAUUUGGAAAGAAGUGCAAGUACCAGAAUGGAAAGAAAUUCAAGUACCAGCUUGGAAAAAGGUACAAAAGCCUGUUUGGAAGGAAAUCCAAGUACCUAUUUGGAAGGAGGUCCAGGUACCAGCUUGGAAAAAAGUUUGGAAGCCUAUUUGGAAGGAAAUUCAAGUACCAAUUUGGAAGGAGGUUCAAGUACCAGAUUGGAAGAAAAUUUGGGUACCAGAGUGGGUAAAGAUUGGUAUUCCUGGCGAACAAUACGUUGGUAAGGAUCAACACGGUUGGCAGUAUACCAGUCAUGAUCUCUGGAAAAAGAAACUUAUUUGGAAGCCGGUCUGGAAGAAAAUUUGGAGAACGGAGAAGAAGCAAGCUUGGGCUACGGACAAGAAGCUUGAAUGGAAAGCUGAAUGGAAGCAAAUUUGGAAGACCGAAAAGAAACAAGUUUGGGUAACGGAUAAGAAACUUGUAUGGAAGGAAGAGUCCGUACAAGUUUGGAUACCUAAAAAACAACAGAUUUGGGUCACGCAAAAGAAGCAGGUGUGGAAGGAUGAAUGGAAAAGCAAAUGGGUACCAGUUUGGAAGGAUGUACAGGUACCAGCCUGGAAGAAGGUUUGGAAGCCCGUUUGGGAGAAAGUUUGGGUACAAAUAGAAUCCCAUCAUGACGAAGGCCAUCAUGGCUAUAAAUAAUAUAUAACUUUAGCAUAGUUUCUUGAAGAUCUAAGUAUAAGUUACUUGGUAGAGAGUUUCCUUCAAAUUCGUAGAACGCGUUUGAAGUAUAAAUCUAUUACUUUAGGUUCGACGGUUGAUAAUCCUUUGAAAUUGUCCUAUCGAGUGGAAUAGAAAGUAUUGUGUUACAGCCAUCGUAUGAAAGUAAGGAGGACAAAGAAUAUUUUGGGCUCGUAUUAUUGCGAUUUCAUUAUUUUGUAGGUACCGAAAUAAUCACAAGUCCCUACCCCUUGUAAAUAAGAAGAUUAGAAGAUUGCACGCGCAUCGAUACUUUUUGUACGUUUUGCAUCUACUUUCAUGUAAUAAAUAUACUUUUCUAACACGUGUGCUCAAUUGAUUGAAAUCCCCAAUCGAUCGAUUUGAAUAUAAAGGAAUAAAGAGAAAUGAAAUGAAUCGAUUGAACUUUGUAACAUAAUUGGUAGUCGCUUUUGAAUUUGUUCGAUGAAAGUAUAGUUUUCUAGAUGACGGUAAAGGAUUACCAAGAGAAGAGAAGAUGCUUUCUAAGGAUAUCGUGGGAUAGGGAAGAGGAGCAUAUAUGUAGAUGUUAAAGUUGGCAGGGUCGCGAGACGAACUCACGACCUUUACUUUCUCCAUGAUCGUAUUUGAACGAGUGUGGGAUGAUUAAGGAAGAAAAAAUCUAACGGGAGAGAACGGGCAAGUCGGUGGGAGAACGGAAGUAGCACACAACCGGUUCAUCUUCUUAAUCUUCUUUCGAGUUGCGAUGAAUCAACGAACGCAAACAUAAUAUUUGUUUGCGUAAACGCACCGAAGAAAGUGGACGGCGCUUUCAA